GCGCGCUCUCGAUGCUGUUGCAUUCCGCCUGUGCUCACGUGUUGUGUGUGUAUAAAAGCUGUCCGUCCUCGCUCAUCAUGAACAGAGUGUCUCCGGACAAACGGCGAAAGAUGGAGUCGGCGCUCAACCAGCUGAAAAAGUACACCGUGGUGGUGGCGGACACGGGAGACUUUAAUGCCAUUGAUGAGUACAAGCCUCAGGAUGCCACCACCAACCCAUCUUUGAUUCUGGCUGCUGCCAAGAUGCCAGCCUACCAGAACCUGUUGGAUCAAGCCAUCAAAUACGGCACCUCCAAGGGCGGAACUGAAGACGAGCAGAUCGCAAACACCAUGGACAAGUUGUUUGUGAGUUUUGGCCUUGAGAUCCUCAACAAGGUCCCGGGCAGGGUGUCAACCGAGGUGGAUGCCAGACUGUCUUUCGAUAAAGAGGAAAUGGUGGCCAAGGCUUUGAGGCUCAUUGCACUCUAUGAAGAAGCAGGCAUCAGCAAGGAGCGUGUACUCAUCAAGCUGUCGUCCACAUGGGAGGGAAUCCAAGCUGGCAAGGAACUUGAAGAAAAGCAUGGUGUUCAUUGCAACAUGACCCUGCUGUUCUCUUUUGCACAAGCGGUGGCCUGUGCCGAAGCAAAGGUAACGCUCAUCUCGCCCUUCGUUGGCCGCAUCCUGGACUGGUACAAGGAAAACACAGACCGUAAAAGCUACGAGCCCCAUGAAGACCCAGGAGUAGUGAGUGUGACGAAGAUUUACAACUACUACAAGAAGUUUGGCUACAGCACUGUGGUGAUGGGCGCCUCCUUCCGAAACACCGGACAGGUCAAAGCCCUGGCAGGCUGCGACCUGCUCACCAUUUCACCCAGCCUGCUAGCAGAACUCAGCCAGGACCACAGCGCUGUCUCUGAGAUGCUCAAAGUGGAAACUGCCAAGGAGUGCGACCAACAAAAGCUUCACCUGGACGAGAAGGACUUCCGCUGGCAGCACAAUGAGGACCGUAUGGCAGUGGAGAAACUGUCCGACGGAAUCCGCAAGUUUGCUGCAGACGCCAUUAAGCUAGAAACCAUGAUAAAAGAGAAAAUGCACGGUGUUAAAAAUGGCCAGUAACGGGCAUGAAGGGGGUGUCGUGACGUAUACGCAGUCAGGACUCUGCCUUGUUGCCAGCUGCCAUCUCAACGGCUUUGGAAAGCACCAGAACCAUUCUCCAUCCCUCUGUGACCAAACUCCCAUCCACCUAUUCCAUAUUUGGAUGGAACCAUGUUGGUUAUGUGACCAAACAUUUAGGACUCGAGUAUUUUUGCUGUAUUUUAACACAUUAAACUAGACGGGGCGCAUCCUUCCAGAGACUCUAUUAUGGUUCUAUUAUGUAUGUGACUACUAGAGGACCAUAUGCACUUUUAACAUAAACAAAAAUGAUUUGACUAGACGAGUUUUACAUGUCUUCUACCCAUAAAUCCAAUAAAUAUCAGCUUGAGCAAUGAA